UGCCGCCGCGCACAGCUUCGUCAGUUCACGUCGUCUGCCCACGCCAGGAUGCAAAGCAGAGAAAUGUUUCCGCCUGGGUGUCAUUUGCUGCUCUCCUGACUGCUGGAUGCUUCUAAAUUGGCACCUUCGCCUUGUUUAUCUUCUUUUCAUUAUUAUGAUAAUUUUUUUCAUCUAGACCCUGAAGGGUGAGCUUUUUUUCCCCCCCCCUUCGUCCCUGGUGAUCAUCAUUUUUUUGUGACCGCACAGUAUGAGAGCAAAACGGCUGGGGACUGCUGGAGACACAGACUGAGAUCUUCACCCUUCACACACACACACACACACAACACUGUGUGUGUUCUUACCGGACUACAUCUCGGACUGGUGUGCCUUUGGCUCCGUGAACGCAUCAUUUGCCAUCGCGAUGUCCACCAGGAAGGGAUCGUUGACGCAAAAGCAGUCUAAAAACGGGACGUCCAAAUAUGUGUUGGAGCGUUGCGCUUCUAUUAACGAGUAUUAUGAUAUUGCCUUCAAGGUGAUGCUGCUGGGAGACUCAUCCGUGGGAAAGACGUGCAUCUUGCUACGAUUUAAAGACGGGGCAUUUGUGGGAGGCAACUUUAUUGCCACCGUUGGAAUAGACUUUAGGAAUAAAGUGGUAGAUGUCGACAACCUGAAAGUCAAACUCCAGAUCUGGGAUACUGCCGGGCAGGAAAGAUUCCGAAGCGUGACACACGCCUACUAUAGAGAUGCCCAAGCAUUACUUCUGCUUUAUGAUAUCACCAGUAAGCCGUCAUUUGACAACAUCAGGGCUUGGCUAAAUGAAAUACAUGAGUAUGCCCAGAAGGAUGUGGUCAUCAUGUUGCUCGGCAACAAGUCGGACAUGGCAGCAGAGAGGGUGGUGAAGAUGGAGGAUGGGGAGAAACUGGCAAAGGAGUAUGGCGUGCCAUUUAUGGAGACCAGUGCAAAGACCGGUGUCAAUGUGGAGCUGGCCUUUCUCGCUAUUGCAAAGGAGCUGAAACACAGAACCACUGACCAGCCAAACGAGCCCAUGUUCCAGAUACACGACUACAUCGAAUCUCAGAAGCACAAGACCGCUUGUUGCAGCCUUGUGUAGCUAAAGACGACAUUGUGCCGGGAGACAGAUACACGCACACAUAGACACACACAUACACACACACACACACACACACUCUCACACAGAAAGGGAUCAGGAGAGGGGGAAUAAGUAAAGCCAAUCCCGGCACUAAUCCUAAGAAGUGAGCGUCCUCCUCUUCUCCACUCAACUGAAUGACAGUGAAUCCGAUUGCCAUCCCUUAUCGAAAAUGUGAAUAUCACUCUGUAGAAAUGUGCUGUGGUCUUUGUGGUGACAGUUGUGCUCAAACGAAAAAAGCCAGGAUUUACAAAAUGAAAAGCUAUAUCCGUCUGCAGGGACAAUAAGGAGUACACUUGCAGUGCACUUGAGGCUGUGAAGUAAAUCCCUUUUGGCCUUACAGUCUUCAUCUUCACUAAGUGUGCAACCACAGCGUCGCAGUCAGACUGUAGCUACAUGUGUAAUGCUGUUUGAAUAAAAUCAAUGUUGGAGGGCGCCUGCCCAUUGUGUGUGUGUCUGUGGGUCCGCUUCAGGGCCGAGCCAGAACUUAAUUCAAGUGAUUUGCUGCAGGAUCUUUCUACUGUUGCACCAUAGAUUAUUUCCUGCACUGCUUAGCGAUUCCGCAAAACAACAUGUACAUUCUUAUUUCACAAACACUCUGAAAUGUAACCGUGUCUCUUUUAACAAAGGAUGUUGUUGUGGAGACUGUACAGAAGCUGUAUUUGGUCCAUGCACUGUACUGUCUUGAUUUGUACAAUGUUCAUUUUCAAUGUUCGCUUGUCACAUUUGUCCCUGCUCUGAGGUGUCACAUUGAUCACAAAGUGCCAUGAAAAAGUGCUUUGUUAUCAUAUUAUAUAUAUAAAGUAUAUUUUGUAACGUA